GGAAGACGAGACGGCGGCUGCGUUGAGGAUCCUUGAGGCAAAGAGAAGUGGGAAAAACAUGCUGUCGCUCAGGCAGGUCAGUGGUGGUUGGCUAGCUCAAGAAUCUGACGAUCUAACCCCAGAAGACAUCACCUUCACGACGGGUUCUGAGAGAGCUCCGACGGACAGUGAGCUCUCGGAUGCCAAGUUCGCCUGGCUCUGUGUGAAGCACGUCAAGAGCAACGCCAUUGUGAUUGCCAAGGACAACUGCAUGCUGGGCAUGGGUAGCGGGCAGCCAAACAGGGUGGACAGCCUGAGGAUCGCCUUCAGGAAAGCAGGGGAAGCCGCCAAGGGAGCCGCUCUGGCCAGCGACGCCUUCUUCCCAUUCGCUUGGAAGGAUGCCGUGGAGGAAGCAUGUGAGAACGGCAUCAGCACGAUUGCGCAGCCUGGCGGCAGCAUGAGGGACAAGGACGCCGUCGACUGAUGCAACAAGUAUGGGGUCUCCCUCCUGUUCACCGGGGUCCGCCACUUCAGGCACUGAGCCUAACCUGAGUCUGUAUCAUAUCACCGGUCUACUGUCAGUCAGUCCGCCGCGGGAACUUGUGGAUGUUUGUCGCAAUAAGACAGGCGCAGGUGAUUCUGAGUCCAACUAGGAUUAAGUGUAUGACGGUGGCGAAAGCAUUUUGCCAUGUACGCAAAGUGAGGACGCCUAGGUGUUCGUCACAUUGCUGAGCCAGCAGCGGCUGGGUAAUAACAAGGUCGGAAAACCCGGGGCCAUGUACUAGUUAAACCAAGCAAAAACCGUGUUUGUAUUCAGA